AUGGCCUCUGGAACUUCUCUGUCUCUCAAAUCCCUUUGUGGUCCUCUUCCCACUGCCCCAAUUGAUCGUUCUCUGACGAGAAAUUUCCCAGGGAGUUUAAGAUGCAAUAGUUUCGGUCCUUGGAGGGACACUUUCAGAAUGAGUGGGAAGAGAUUUGAAAUAAGUUGCACAAAAGACAAGGGUAUGGAUGGUAUUGCGGAGUGUUUGAAUGAUGUAAAUGUCGAAGGUGGGAUGCUCGUGGAACCUAGUGUCUCCACGGUUCUGAUGAAUUUCACCAAUGAAUUUGAUCCUUAUGAUGCUUUAAGUACUCCUCUGUACCAGACAUCAACUUUCAAGCAGCCCUCAGCAACAGAAUAUGGCCCUUACGACUAUACAAGAAGCGGUAACCCUACUAGAGAUGUUUUAGAAAGACUCUUGGCUAAGCUUGAUAAAGCAGACCGAGCAUUAUGCUUUACGAGUGGAAUGGCGGCUUUGUCAGCUGUUACCCAUCUUAUUGGAUCUGGUGAGGAGAUUGUUGCUGGAGACGACAUGUAUGGUGGCUCAGAUCGGCUGUUAUCGCAAGUAAUUCCCAAGUCAGAGAUUGUAGUCAAGCGUGUUGAUACCACUAAGUUAGAUGAGGUUGCCUCUGCAAUGAACUCCAGGACUAAGCUUGUGUGGGUGGAGAGUCCUACCAACCCUCGUCAACAGAUAUCUGACAUUCGUAAACUAGCUGAUAUCGCCCAUGCUCAUGGGGCUCUUCUAUUGGUCGACAACAGCAUUAUGUCCCCGGUCUUAUCUCAACCCCUGCAACUUGGGGCAGAUAUUGUGAUGCAUUCUGCAACAAAAUUUAUUGCGGGCCACAGUGAUGUGAUGGCUGGUGUACUUGCUAUUAAAGGAGAAAGCCUGGCAAGGAGUUUGUACUUUCUACAAAAUGCAGAAGGUGCAGGACUGGCUCCAUUUGACUGCUGGCUCUGUUUAAGAGGCAUAAAGACAAUGGCAGUGCGAGUCAAGAAACAACAGGAUAAUGCUCAAAAAAUAGCCGAGUUUCUUUCCUCACAUCCACGAGUGAAGAAGGUCAACUAUGCUGGUCUUCCUGCACAUCCUGGGUACUCUUUACACUAUUCUCAGGCGACUGGUGCAGGGUCUGUCCUCAGUUUCUUGACAGGCUCACUAGCUCUCUCUAAGCAUGUAGCUGAGACAACAAAGUACUUCAGUGUUACUGUCAGUUUUGGAAGUGUGAAAUCCCUCAUUAGCUUGCCAUGCUUCAUGUCCCAUGCUAGCAUACCUGCACAAGUUCGUGAAGCAAGGGGUUUGACCGAGGACCUUGUCCGUCUUUCUGUGGGAAUAGAAGAUGUCGACGAUUUGAUUGCUGAUCUAGACCAUGCACUCAGAACUGGACCUGAAGCUGUUUGA